CCUGUUGUAAGUUUUUCGGUAUCGGAAGUAGAGGAUUACCUUAUAUGGAAAAUGCUUAAAAUAGCACAUGACGUAUUGCAAAGGUUACGAUCUACGCACACUUCUGGAGAAAUGACCCGGAAACUGAUGCUUUCUGUCACGGAAAGCUCACGAGAGAGAUUCGAUUCGAAUUUCUUGAGAUUGAAACUGAGAUUUAAGCUUGCUUAGAUAUCAUCGCUGACCAAACUUUAAAUCAAAAUACUACUCGCGCCUUUUUUUUGAAUAUAAUUGUGACUGAAUUAAGUUCCUAGAAUUAUUUAUCGCGUUUUCGCUUGUAUUGUGAAUCGUCAUUUGAUUUCGCGACUUUAUUUUUAAAAAAACCCAGCAGUAUUUGUCUAUAUUUUCUUUUCUGUCGAGAUGCACAUCCAGGUCGAGGAGCGUGUGUUUUCUUCCAUUGCAGAUUCAAGUGGAUGUCUUGGUAGUGCGCUUGUGGCAGGUGAUUCCAACGUACAUCGUAUCCAAGCAGCGAUUCAAAAUUGGUCCACUAUUCGAUGCCUCCCAGUAUCAGGAGCCAAGUUUGUGAAUGACAAGAAGGGAUUUGUGGCAGUUCUGCAGCUUUCAUUGAAGAAGGAGUUUUACCCAUGUGUCUAUAUUCAUCUUGGCUCCAAUGAUGUUCAAGCCAGAGAGGAUGUGUUUUAUAGGAGAGUCACUGAGGUAUGUGAUAGUAUCCACGAGACGAGUCCGGAAACUGAGAUUGUUUUAUGUUCUAUUCUGCCACGAAAAAAGAAUGACAGACGAGUAUCUUCAACAUUAGCGAGAGUCUUCAACAGAUGGAUCCAGAAUGCUAACACCAUGCUAAUGGACAUUUCAGAGGCCAUCCCAUACAUCAGAUUCCUUGGAUAUGGAGCUCAGGAAUGUGCUGAUGUGUUGGGUCGUGAUGGACUUCAUCUGAGUCGUGUUGGUGGUAGACAUUGUAGUCAGGUGAUUGAGGAGGAUGUGUAUUCCUGGAGUGAAAUAGCCUAUCAGCAGGAUGUACAUUGGAAUGAAGACAUACGCCAACCACAUUCAGCAGAGAUUGAUGCAUCAAGCUUUGACCAGUGCCUGGCAGCUGCUGUUGAACCAGUCAGUGACCAGAAUGUCCAGGCCAGCAAGCAGCCUCUGUACUCGGAAAUAGUCCGUUUGCCAGCAGCUGAAGUUCCAGAUGUUACCUCAGUGCAGCAUAAUGUGAAGUUACCAAGGCGCAAUGUAUUGAAGGUCUCUGUUAUGUUUGUCUAUGGAAGUAUAAGUGUGAGAGCAGCCAUCCAGCAGCAGCUAGAGAGAGUGAUAUGUUGA